AUGGCGGUCGUCCUCAGCACAGGGGAUGAAGGCAGCCACUACUUCGCCCCUAGCUCAUCGGGUCUGCGACGUUCCCACUCCCAGUCGCAGUUCGGUCCCGCGCACUCCAAAUACCACCACCAGUCUUCCACGUCCGGCUCGAAUGACGACGACUGCGGCCCUUACGGCACGCUUCACAAGUCUUACUCACACUCCGCAUUGUCCUCGGAGACAUCGUCACCUCGCAUCGCAAACACAGAAUCAACCGACCACUCUUUCGCGUCCACGCCGGCCAGCAAUUUCUCUCUCCUUUCGGAAUUCGACGACGACGACGACGACGAAGAGGCCCUCACGUACGAGGAUGCCCCCCAGCACAUAUUCGGGUCGGAUUACAAGAGCAACCAUUUCCAAUUACCGGGGAAUCCCGGCGACAACCUGGAGCCCCCGCCAAGUCCCAAGACCGGCAACUCUUACACACCUUCGCCCGACUAUGGCAGCGCCACUGAUACGCCGCAACCAGACACAGCAGAGAUACCAGAGCACGCGGAAGACGACACGGCUAUAUCGGUGCGCCCUUCGCGGCAGGUAGACUACCUAUCGCACGAGUGGCGACGCGAAGAGGAUAUCUGGUCAUCGUGGAGAUACAUUAUUCAUCGACGGGGCGAGGUGCCGAACAGCGCGCGUCUGGAGAAUGCCUCUUGGAGGACAUGGAUGCAGUCGAAGAACAAUCUGAAGACAACCUCGCCCGAGGUCCUCAAUUGGUACAAAGAUCAAGAUGUCACAUGGCUCUACGGCCCUCUGCAGCAGGGCCCCAACUCGCGCGAGUCCAAGGAGGCUCUUAGCACCGGACUGUCAAAGUCGGGAUCACUUGUCAACUUGAACAAGAAGCCAAUCCUGAAGAAGAGGAGCAUGUCAGAGGUCAUGCUGCAAAGAUCGAUAUCAGCAGCAUCCCUGCUCAAGCAGGCGACUGCUGCCGUACAAGCGCAGGAAAGUAGGGGUAUACUGCGACCGAGCAUGGGCAGAGCGAACACCGACUACACCACAUACACCUUUUCGUCACGUCGAUUCAGUAAUGGCUACACCACAAGCAGUGUCGCGGACUCUACGACGGAUUCUUCAGGAGUCACCUCGCCAGGCACGGAGCGCAAACACAUUCACUUCAACGAGUCCGUGGAGCAGUGCAUUGCGGUGGACAUUAAAGGCGAUGACGAGGAUGAUGUCGGUGCCGAGAACGCCAUGGACGAAGACAGCGACUCGGACGACGGCUUCAUGAUGAUGCGCACGCGCGCUCGGAAGAGGAGUACCGCUUUGAUGAACAGGAAGCGGAAACAGAAGCCGCAAGCGGUCCAGGAGGCGAGCAAAACUAUUGCUAUGCUACCUUCCACAACUCUGAAAUAUCGAGCCGACACCCCCGAGCCGCAAGAGACUGCCAUGAAGCACAGCACCGGCCGUCGCAGUCCGUCCAUGUCACCGUCAUCUUCUCAGGAGACACUGCGGCCUUCAGCUAAGAGCCGGUUCUUCAUUGGCGACGAUGACACGGAUGAGGUGGCGGAUGGCUUCUGUGAUCCCAACACCAGUUGGCGCUCCCCGGGGGAGUUGGACGGCACCGACAGUCCUCCAGGAUCGCCAGACAGAGACUCUGCGCGCAUGAGGCGCACAGCCUCAGGCAUGCUUAUGCCUUAUGAAGAGGGUGACCUCGCCACGGGGGACGGUCUCUUUGGUCGAGUUAUCGAGACGGUCAACACGGCCCGCGACAUUGCCCACGUCAUUUGGAAUGUUGGUUGGAGGAAAUAA